AUGGUGCUGACAGUGGUACGGGAUAACCUCUUUGAAGAAGAUGAUGACAAACUGGCUCCUGCUUAUGAACAGGAGCAAUUGGACACAGAUGUCGAUCACUUGAUGAAAAAGAAAAUGGAAGAGCAGUUGAAAGCGGAGAUCAAAAACAGUCUGGGGGCAACCGAGAUAUUAUUGGAUGAGAAGUUAGGAAGUGUCCAAACACAGUUAGAAGCCUUGCUACAAAAUCCCCUCUCGGGUCUGGAAACACAGAUUAAACAGCUGACUAAUCAGUUGUCCUCCAUUGAUCAAAAAGUUUCCCAGGAAAUAGAAAAAAAGCUCCAAACUAUACACAACAUGCAGUUUGCCAGCAGAAAUGAGCUGCAGCAAUGGAAAGAUUGCACAGAGAAGAAACUUUCAACUUCACAGCCCACUCUGGAGAAGAAAUUAGAACAGCUAGAGAAUCCAGAAAUGGAAAAACUAAGAAUUGAAUUAGAUUGGAGAAGGGCUCGCAACAAUGCAGAUGACAUCACUCUUGAUGCAGACACAGCCCACCCCAACCUCUGCAUUUUUGGGAAUAAGAAGAAUUUGAAACUUGAAGCCCAACCUGAAAAAGUUCCAUCAAACCCAGGGAGGUUUGAUUCGACUGUGUGUGUGUUGGGCUUUGAAGGAUUCUCCUCUGGAAAGCACUACUGGGAGGUGGAUAUUGGGAGCAGCACUGACUGGGACCUGGGGGUGGCCAGGAAAUCAAUACAGAGAAAAGGAAAACUUUCCCUGUCUGCUAAAGAGGGAUUCUGGGCUCUAAGUCAGAGUGGGAGAGAUUAUUGGGCAAAAACAGAUCCAUGGACCCGGGUCCUGGUGCAGAAAAAGCCCAAGAAAAUUGGAGUUUACCUUAGUUACCAAGAGGGGCAGGUGACCUUUUUCAAUGUAGCUGACAUGUCUGUCUUGUUCACAUUUAAUGAUUGUUCAUUCUCAGACGAGGUUUAUCCGUUCUUUAAGAAUUCUCACAAAGAAACAACAAUGAGAAUUUGUUCUAUAAAAGAAGAUUAA